UCACCGUGCGGGCCAGCAUCAGCCGUAGUUAGUAGAGGUAGCGAGCCUGGGCUGACGUAGCGUAGCGCGCCGCGUACUUAUCGUAUUUAGGCCGCGAUUAGCAACUUAUCGGAUGUCUAUGUUGUGUAUUUGCGAAUUGGGUGGUUGUUUUGUGACGUCACGUGUAUGCAAGUUGGAUAUUCUUUGUGGUAACGUUGCCUUUGAUAUGAUAAACACUAUCUACAGAUGAUAGUAGUAUCAAGUAGUCUCCAGUUGAUUCCGUUAUCCGUGUGCACGACGUACGUUUCCUACAAAAAAGUGAUAAUUUUAAGUGUAUAGUGUAGUUGCUAUAGACCCUCUCUUAUUAUUGUACGAGGCGACUAACCACGCAAACUUGGCUGUUUUUCUCUAAAAUUAAAACAAAAUACAACACUAUUGCACACCAAAAUGCCCCGCGGCCGGGACGAAAUGCAAGUAAACGUGGCAGGCUUAAGGAGAAAUAUUAAAAACCUCGCGCACAACUAUUCCGAUGCCCAGGUAAAAGUGCGCGAGGCGACAUCGAACGAUCCAUGGGGCCCCUCCAGUACUCUGAUGGCGGAGAUCGCCGACCUCACGUACAACGUGAUGGCCUUCACAGAGAUCAUGCAGAUGAUCUGGAAGCGCCUCAACGACCACGGCAAGAACUGGAGGCAUGUCUACAAGGCGUUGGUCCUCAUGGAGUAUCUAAUCAAGACCGGUAGCGAGAAGGUGGCGAUGCAGUGCAAAGAGAAUAUCUUCGCUAUACAUACGCUGAAAGACUUUCAGUAUAUGGAGGAGGGGAAAGAUCAGGGUCUAAACGUCCGCGAAAAAGCGAAAGCUCUAGUAAACCUUCUGAAAGACGACGAGAGGUUAAAGAACGAGCGUGCUCGGGCUCUCAAGGCCAAGCAGAGGUUCGCGCAGAGUGCCAGCGCCUUCGGCAGCGACGGAGCCCUAGACACGCCGAGCAGCCCCUCCUACCCCGCGGUUAGUGGCGCCCUAGUCACCGAAUUCGGCAGCGACGGCGCGUUAGACACACAAUCCAGCCCCACCUACCCUGCGCUAAGCGGUGAUUCAGCGGAGUGGUCAGGGCGGGACGCGGAGCUCGCGCGGCCGCUGACAGCCGGCGAGGAGGAGCUGCAGCUGCAGCUGGCGCUCGCCAUGUCGCGCGAGGAGGCGGAGCGCGAGGAGAGGCGCCGCCGCUCCGACGACGUGCGUCUGCAGCUCGCCAUCAGCCAGAGCCAGCAGGACUUCCAGACGGAUGACUUACCACCUACGCAAAGCAAGAGUCAGGCAUCAGGUCAGCAGUCCCACCUGCUGGAUCUACUCGACGUGAACCUCGCCAGCCCGCCCGCGCCAGAACCCUGGGCACAGCCACGACCUGAGACAUCAUCAGACGCGUGGUCAGCAGUGGGCAGCCCGGCGAAGGACCCGUGGGCCCCCGCAGCCGCGCCGCCCGACCCUUGGGCUCCUGUGGGACAUGGCAAGUCUCCGAUCUCGGUGCUGUCAUCGCCUUCAUCGUCGGAGCUGGAGCAGUUUGACGCGCUGUCGCAGCGGCCGCGCACCAACCACAACAACAACCCCGAGCCCGACCCCUUCGACCUCACUGCGCUUAGUGAUAACCUAACGCCGCUGCCAGCGUCUCCUGUAUCAAACAACUUGGGCGCGAUCAAGAAGUCUCCGUCGGCGUUCCUGGGCGAGAACUCGUCGCUGGUGAACCUCGACCGCCUGCUGCAGGCGCCGCCCGCCGACCCGCCGCAGCCCAACCCCUUCGCCACAGAGCCGCCGCCACGGACGCAGGCCAUGUUCGCGCAGCCACAGCCUGCACGACUCACCAUGAACGAGUUAAAGCAGCAACAAAUGGGCCUCACGGGCCUAAACUUUGGCGCACCGUCUCCAGCUUUCGGCGCCCCCGCACCCGCCCCCCUCGCUCCCCUCGCGCCGCUGGCGCCCGCGCCGCUCAUGCCGGCGGCACCGCUCGCGCCCGCGCCGGCGCCGCUGCUGGGCGGCGCGGCGGCGGCGGCGGACCCGUGGGCGCCCGUGCCCGCGCCGCGCUCCAACUCGCCCUGGUCGCCUCCACAUGCGCGGCAUACACCCAACCCCUUCCUCUCCUAGCUAACCACCACACAGGGUUCAAGGUAACGCGGGGCAUGGCGGGAGCGCGGCAGCCGGCCGACGCCGUACUCGCGCCCCGGGGCCGGGCCGGGCAGGGCCGGCGCCGGGCUCGGCUCGGCCGCCGAGCGGGCCGCCGCUCGCCCACACAAACUGUUCUACUAUCACGACUACGUGUACUUGACCAAAUCGUAACUGUACGCUCGCGAGUGAUCACUGUGACGUCAUCGCGCCGUCGCAUCUGUCGAACAAUACAUUAUUCCUCAGUCUGCGCUUCUAUGGAAUUAGUAUUUUUGAUUUUUUAUACGUCCUAUAAAAUAAAAUCACCAAUUUUGAUUACCAAUAUUAUGUAUGUAUAUUAAUUGUAUUUGUUGUAAUAAUUAAUUUACGCAAACGGUGUGUGGUAUAAUCAUGUGACUUUGUUUAUUUUGUGGAGUCAAUAAGGUGGUAGGUAGAUCGGGUGUCGACAUAAUGAAAACUAUUCUGUUGACAACAAAAAAAAAAUACAAAACAUUUGUUUAAAAUAAAAAUGUAUAAAUGAAUGACGCUAUUUAAAAAAUAUAUAAUAUAUUGAAUAAAAUUUGUAUUAGAAAAAAAUACGUCAUAAUUGUGCUUUCUUUUGCAAAAGAUUAGAUUAUCUUUUGUGUCGAUAUGUCCAUACCCAAUAACUACAGACGCAGUAUACAUUAUGUAAAAUGAAAUGUUUUAUUAAUAGACUGGAUAAUGCUGUGAGCUGUCGUGUUUAUAUGUAGCUGACGAUUCUGUGUGUUUGUGUGUGCCGAUGUCGAUAGAUGUAAACUACAGAAAAUUAUUCGUAAUUUUAUAUUGUACAAAUGUCCGACUAAUAUUUCGAUAUUGUACAUAUUCCAAUUGAAUAAAAAUAAAAUAUAGUUUAAUAAAAUUAUUGUGUUUUCGUGCUAAGUGUAAAAAUCUGUGGGAGUUGUCAUGAAGUAACAAUUAAUAGAUAAAGCAAUAUAAUGAACACUUUACAUAGUAUCUACUACUUAUAUUCAGAUGAAUUAGAUCACUCAUAGACUAGCCUGUAAGGAGUACACUGCACAUAUAAACACACAGGAGAUAUAGAACGUAGCUUAGUGAUAGCGUCAAUAGUCUAACUAAAGUGUUGGGGCCGGCGCACACACGCGACGAAACGUUCUCGAAUACACAUGUAUCGUGAACAGUGACGAGGUACGAGAAGUGACUGAUAUAUAAUCUGAGAGAUGAAAAAUCUAAGGCUAGCUAUCGCUAUCUUCACUGCUCGGCCCCAAACUAAUUCGGGUGUUAAGGGUUUUGGUAAGCUUCUCUGUUGCACAGAAUUAAUGCAAAACUUACACUAUGUCCAUAGACAAAUAGCCCUUUACUAGGUUGUAAGGAAGUUUUAGAAAAACAUCAAAUGCAUUAAGCAUGAGAUCGCAUGAAUUCUGUGCAACAAGAAAGUGAUUGUCGCGACGACUAAGGUGACAAGUUGUUAUUCGUGCCUUAGUAAAGUUUUGUAUUACAGUAAUUGUAUUGUCGCCCUCCAUUUCUCUUCUCCCCAUAAUACUUGUAUUUACGGUCAUGGGGGUAACUUGCUAGCUUCUCGUAACUUUACUAAUUACUUAGUCAUUAAAGUAAGGGGACCGGAAUGGGUGUUCUUCGGGAUAAUUAUUUGAGAAGCUGUAUCGGAAAGCCUGGACAUCCUACUAAUUAAGUCAUCUAGUAUUAUAACUUUGUCCAAAUUACUAACAUAAAUAAUUAUUUCUGACUUUCUCUAGGUGAUAAGCCCCUGAAAAUCCCAGUUACACCCAUGAUCAAUGGUAUGUGUCCACUUUGUUUUAGAUUAUCUAAAGUCACAACACUUCGAGAGUAUGCUCUUGAAGUCUCAUCCCUUCAUAGGGGAUUAAGUGUAUACUAUUACCAUUUCAUCAGAUUGAAAUAAAAAUACUUAUUUGUCAUAUAAAAUUAUUUGACUACGCAUUUUUUACAAUUUGACUUCAUUCAAAAUGUCUCUUGACUGCUUUCACAAACACCAACUUAUAUAUGUAUAUUUAUAAGCAAUAAAUUAACUAUACCAAUUCGAUUGGGAGCUAAACACUGA